AUGCCCUCUGCAACCAUAUCAGUGAAUAAAUUGCUUCCUUUAUUUACAAAGGAAAAUGCAUCAGUGUCAGUGACCACUCAACUGGGCAACACUAUUUUAGAGAUACAAGGCGAUUUGGAAGUACCGUUACGAAGGCCGGAAUGUGGGGACGAGGAUAUCGAACAAAGAUUCAUAGAUCAUGAUGGAAGAGACAUUAUUAGAUUUGGAAUUUUAUCAUACGACAUGGAAACAAAACGAGCAUCUCUAUAUGUGGGUCAUAAGCAAAGGUUAGUAGGGGAUAUUAUAAAACUUGAUCCUCCCCUAGGGAUACUGAAAUUCAACAAGGCUUGCGAAUCCGUCGAGCUACUAGAUUUGAUCCAUUACAAAGUUAUAUUUAAAGAAAGGCCUCUCCCAAUCAUGUAA